AUGCCCAACCCUCUCCAACAAUGCUCCAUGUGCUCUGGCACCACCACCAAUCUCUGUGGCACAUGCAAAAGCGCCGCAUACUGCACAAAAGCCUGCCAAAAAGCCGACUGGCCCGUACAUAAGCUCCUCUGCACCAGCUUCGCCACCUUCACCACCGCCCCAAGCCCGACACACCGCCUCGGUAUCCUCUUCCCCGAGACCUCUUUCACCCCGCGCCUCAUCUGGGUUGAUUGCCCGCUCAUGCAUACCGACGACGAUUUACCCUGGGAGUCAGCCACUUGUCCUGAGCUCGGCUUCAAUCCGGCAAGGGCGGUGAACAUAUGCGCGAACGCGCUCAGGAAGCGGUGGAGGAAGGAUAAGCUGGGGGUGUACUACAAUGACGAUUGCUACGUUGAUCAGACUGGAGGUCUCAAUCUCUGUGUUCCUGCAGUGACGAGAGGGAAGUCGUUGCAUCCGUGGGGUGGGUCGCUGCUGGUGAUGAGGUUGCCGGGAUUGGAGGUAGAUCCAGGUAAGUUCGUGGAUGUGCAGAUGGUGGAUUUGAGGGAUGCGGUGGAUAUGUUCACCACGUAUCCGGCGAGGAGAGUCAAUGAUAUGGAAGGGAUUGCGAGGCCGGUAUAA